CAGCGCUACAACGGCUUCCACUUCUGCGGCGGCUCCCUGAUCAGUGAGACCUGGGUGGUCACCGCUGCCCACUGCGGCGUCAGGAAAACCGACACCGUGGUGGUGGGCGCCUACGACCAGAGCGCACCCGGCCCCGAGCAGCAGAAGCUGAAAAUCGAGAAGGUCUUCAAGAACCCCAAGUUCAACAUGCUGACCAUCCACGACGACAUCACCCUGAUCAAACUGGCCACUCCGGCGCAGUUUUCGGACCGUGUGUCCCCCGUCUGCCUGCCCAAGGCCACUGAUGAGUUCCCCGGGGGAAUGACCUGUGUCACCACCGGCUGGGGGCUCACUGACUCCAGCGCCUCGCAGACCCCGGCGGUGCUGCAGCAGGUGGCUCUGCCCCUGCUCACCAACCCCCAGUGCAAGGAGUUCUGGGGCUUCCGCAUCCGCGAGGUGAUGGUGUGUGCCGGYGCCGACGGAGCCUCCUCCUGCAUGGGCGACUCCGGGGGCCCGCUGGUGUGCCAGAAGGACGGCGCCUGGAACCUGGUGGGCAUCGUCUCCUGGGGCAGCAGCACCUGCGACACCAACACUCCCGGCGUGUACGCCCGCGUCACCAAGCUCCGCGACUGGAUCGACUCCAUCCUGGAGGCCAACUGAGGCCAGCAAUAAACGCUGCCACCC